AUGGGGCUUGUGGAAUCGGGCUCCACACUUGGUGGCCGGCCAAGCGUGGGAUGGGCCUGUGGGUCUCCAGCAGGUGCUGGCGGGAGGGCGGGGCUGGCGCGUGGGCUUCUAGUGAGCGCCGUCCCCGGGACUUCUCUCCGUGCAGGCACGAGCCUGCUGCAGGAGGUGGUCUACUUGGUGAGUCAGGGGGCCGACCCCGAUGAGAUCGGCUUGAUGAACAUCGAUGAGCAGCUCCCGGUCUUGGAGUACCCGCAGCCGGGCCUGGACAUCAUCAAGGAGCUGACGUCUCCCCGCCUCAUCAAAAGCCACCUUCCCUACCGCUUUCUGCCCUCCGAUCUCCACAAUGGCGAUUCUAAGGUCAUAUACAUGGCACGGAACCCCAAGGACCUGGUGGUGUCCUACUACCAGUUCCACCGCUCCCUGCGGACCAUGAGCUACCGGGGCACUUUCCAGGAGUUCUGCCGGAGAUUCAUGAACGACAAACUAGGCUACGGCUCCUGGUUCGAGCACGUGCAGGAGUUCUGGGAGCACCGCAUGGACUCGAACGUGCUCUUCCUCAAGUAUGAAGACAUGCACCGGGACCUGGUGACGAUGGUGGAGCAGCUGGCCAGAUUCCUGGGGGUGUCCUGUGACAAGGCUCAGCUGGAGGCCCUGAGCGAGCACUGCCACCAACUGGUGGACCAGUGCUGCAACGCUGAGGCCCUGCCCGUGGGCCGGGGACGAGUCGGGCUGUGGAAGGACAUCUUCACCGUCUCCAUGAACGAGAAGUUUGAUUUGGUGUAUAAACAGAAGAUGGGAAAGUGUGACCUCACAUUUGACUUUUAUUUAUAAUAACAGCAACAGCCAACUUGCAUGCUCACAGUACCCAGACACUUUACUAGCUAAAAGUCCUGUAUGCACUCAUUUGUUCCUUGCUGGACGAACUCCGGGAGCAGUGUGAGGCCCGGGGGAGGGAGGGAAGCAGCGGAGACGCUGGAGGAAGAGGGGGGCCUUGCUUCCGACCCAGAGCAGCUGUCUUGCCUUUGGGAUUUGAAGUCUCUACAUGUCUGAUUACAAACGUUCUAAAGAUCGCAGUUUCGACGGCCUGUAUCAUAAGUAUAAAGUCUGUAACAUACGCAGCUAGGACGUCUACCGUUUACAACCCCACAUUAUUUAUUGUAUUUUAUAGAGCUUUUCACUGGAAAUCUAAAUAAAUGUCAGUAAACCAAAUACAAGUUCAUUUCCGAGGGGACUCAGGAGCGAGCCACACCCGAAUGGUAGGAAGAUCUCAGGGCUGACUCUAUUUUUGUAGUUUUGUUCCGUAAGGCACAGACGUUCUGUUCUCACCAGGCUCGGGAUGAGGUGAAGGCACAGAUGAGUUGGGUGUGUGUGUUGGGGGGGGACCGUGUUCCUUUUGAUGAGUUCAGUUCUUGGUAACCUUCCUAAGCAAAGCAGGGACUGUCCCCCAGGCAUUUGCAGAAAGGGUGCCCCUCUGCUGGAGACUCCCAGCGGGCGGCCUCGAAGGCCCAGUCCAGAGGAGCCAGUGGAACGUUCCUUGGGGGAACCUGCCCAGCGCUGCCGGCAGAUAGGGUCUGCUGCAGUGACUUCCAAGCCUGAGCGCGGGCGGAAUCUCAGCUCUCAUUCCGCGUACUCCUGCUCCCUGAGGCAGGGACCUAUUUAUGCAGCCCAGCCGGUGCUCGACAGUAAAUUUCUGAAACUUUAUCAUUAUGCAGUUUGUUCCCUCUGUACCUGAGACUCUUGGCCACGGGAGGACCAUUUUGCAGGUUUGAUGCCCUCUUUCACUCCGACUGGUUGGCCAUCUUGCCUUUGUACCUCAGUUUACCUGAGGGAGCAGAGGUGCCCUCCCCUUGCUUCACCGUCUGGCCCACAUUUGGCUGGAGGAGCAUCGAGACACGGCCAGGUAGCAGCAGGGCCGACAGCCAGUUUGUAUGUGUGUUGCUGCUGUGGUGGGACUGGGCUGUCUGGAUAUGUACGUGGCCGGGAAGCGCCCAGGGCGGUGGCUGGAGGGUCGCUGCUGUGUAAGGGUCUCUGUGCUGUGUUGCUGUCUUGGAAAAGUGCGGACAUGCGCCGGUGUGGUCUUUGUAAAGGAGCAGCUCGAGCAGGGCAGGUGGUCCACGGCAUCGCACGGGGGGCUUGGCAGCACCUUUUCUGUGUAUCUGUGAGGGAGGCUGCUUUCUGUGAAAUUUCUUUUCUAUUUUUCUAUUUUUAGUACUGUAUGGAUAUUACUGAGCUCCACUCAUGAUGCGUCUGUGCUUGCUUGCAUCUUUAAUAAAGACACGUCCCAU